AUGAUGGCAUUUGAGCAGAUACCAAGAAAGGACUGGUACAGCAUUCUGGGGGCAGAUCCAUCUGCAAGUGUGGCAGAUCUAAAACAAAAGUAUCAAAAACUCAUUUUAAUGUAUCAUCCAGACAAACAAAGUGCUGAUGUGCCAGCAAAAGCAUUGGAGGAAUGCGUACAAAAGUUCAUCGAAAUUGACCAGGCGUGGAAGAUUCUAGGGAAUGAGGAGACAAAGAAAGAGUAUGACCUGCAGCGGCAUGAUGACGAUCUAAGAAAUAUUGGACCAAUAGAUGCAAAAGUGUAUCUUGAAGAAAUGUCCUGGAAUAAAGAUGAUCAGUCUUUCUUUCUGAGCUGCAGAUGUGGUGGAAAAUACAUAGUUUUCAAGGAUGAAGCAGAAGAAGUCAACCUGAUUUCUUGCGAUACAUGUUCACUAAUUAUAGAACUUCUUCACUGUACCUGA